AUGGAUCAAAAUAUAGAAGAAAAGAAAACCGUCGGUCUCCUCCCUAUGGGAUUAGCCGAGACGAAUGCUAAUGCUGCACAACGCAAUACAGAUAUUAUUGUGAUAUCAGGAUUGCAUGAAGCAGAGAAUAUGACAAUAUUAAAAGACAAUACAGAAGUAUUCUUGCAAAUAAAAAAUAUAUCAGAUUUACAUUUAAAUAAAAGAAAGAAAAGAGAAUCAAUUUCUUUAAGUAAACAUUUUAACACACCAAAGACGAAUCAUAUAAAGUUUAAAGAUAACCAAAUACAAAAAGUAAAAAAACUAUUAGCUGAACACGAAGUGUUAUGUAAUGAAGAAAAUCAUAAAGAUAUAUGCCGUGAACUCGUUAUGAAAAUCGAAUCACUUACAAAGAAUAACUUCUCCAAUCAUCAUGAAAAUAAUGAAGGUAUUAGAGAUCACAAAAAUGUUAUUCAAGACGUUGUAAAUAAUAAUAAACAUAUGCCAGGAAUUAAUCCAACCGACGUAUCAAAACGUGAUAUUCAUAUCCACAAUUUAGUAAGACCAACAAAGAGUGUGGUUCCACUGAGCAAUGACCAUGAUAUCAACUAUGGUAUUUCCGAGCAAUCUAAUAUACCCCAUCAAUCAAUUGCAUACCCACAUGAUAUUACUAAUCCACGAUUAACAGAUACUUGCUUACUGGCACGUCUAAUGAGACAGAGCUACCCUAACUUUCAAGGUGUAUACGACACUCCCUAUCAAGAAUAUCCUAAUAUACCAUCAUAUUCUAGCCAAUUUUCUUCUGGUUUUCCAACUUCUUACCUCCAAACACGAGAAGUAGAAGCACAUAAGCAUAAACUACAUCCGCAAGACAUAGAAAUAGCUAUGAAUUUCAUUGUACCAAAAGUUGAAGCAAGUUCUAAAGAAGCGUUCACCAAUUCAUCAAUUAAUGAAAUUGAGUGUCCAAUAGGAAGCAUAUCGUGUGACAAUGGUAACAAGUGUGUUAGCGAGAAAGAUUGGUGUGACGGUAAUGUGGAUUGUGAUGACGUAAGCGAUGAAUCCAGGUGCAGUUGUAAAUCUCGUGUUGAUGAAUCUAGGAUUUGUGAUGGAUACUUCGAUUGUCCUUUUGGUGAAGACGAAAUGGGAUGUUAUGGUUGUAGUGAAGGUUCAUUUAGUUGUGAGGAUAUUAACAUGAACUCACAAAGUACGUGCUAUUCUAAAGAACAGCGUUGCAAUAACGUCCCUGAUUGUCCAAAUCAUAAAGAUGAAAUCGACUGCAGUAUGUUAGCGCCAAGCUUACAUAAGAAACCUCUUUUUUCAAUAUCCAACACAGAAGGUUACUUAUAUAGAAAUUUUAAAGGAAAUUGGUACGCUGUGUGUAGUAAUCCUUACAUGUGGGCACAUGAUGCUUGCCGUCGUGAAACUGGUCUUAUAAUAAGGCCGCCAUUUAUACAAGUAUUGCAAAUAGAUCCCUUAAUUAAAGUGAACUAUAUAAGUACGGCGCCAGGUGGUCUUAUACACACAAGUAACACGUGUUUGAACUCUUCUGCUGUGUACGUAACCUGUCCCGACCUAUUGUGCGGCACGAGAGUUCUUACCGCUGCACAGCUAUUAAAAGAGAAUGCUGCAAUAGAAAACCAUCUGUUUGGUCGGAACAAAAGAUUUCUUCAAAGGCCAUAUCCUGUGACUUUUUAUGAUCGUACGAAAAGAUACGUAACAAAUAAGGACCUCAGAUCUAAAAUAUUGUUAAACUAUUUAGAUGAUAUAAGAAAAAAACGAGCGGAAAGUAGGGUCGUAGGUGGCAGACCGAGCCAACCAGCCGCGUGGCCCUGGAUGGUGGCAUUGUAUAGAGACGGCAUGUUUCAUUGCGGGGGAGUGAUUAUAAAUCAAAACUGGAUCAUGUCGGCCGCUCAUUGUGUUCACAAAUUUUGGCAACACUACUAUGAAGUUCAAGUUGGAAUGCUUCGACGCUUCUCAUUCUCCCCACAAGAACAAAAUCACAGAGUGAGCCAUGUUAUUGUGAAUCAAAAUUAUGAUCAAGAGGAUAUGAGAAAUGACUUAUCUUUAUUGCGAGUAAAGCCAGCAAUACAAUUUAGUCGAUGGGUUCGUCCAAUUUGCUUACCAAGUCCUGAAGUAGCGGGUAGCGACUGGAUGUGGGGCCCAAAACCUGGUACCAUAUGUACUGCUGUUGGUUGGGGAGCUACCGUCGAAAAAGGACCUGAUCCCGAUCACAUGCGUGAAGUAGAAGUCCCUGUUUGGGAAAGUUGUAAGCACGAAGAAGAUCAAGCGGGUAAAGAAAUAUGUGCUGGAUUAGUCGAAGGCGGAAAAGAUGCGUGUCAAGGUGAUAGUGGAGGACCAUUAUUAUGUAGAAAUCCUGCUAAUGCGCAACAAUGGUACGUUGCUGGAAUUGUGAGUCAUGGUGAUGGAUGUGCUAGAAAAGGUGAACCUGGUGUAUAUACACGUAUUAGCCUUUUUGUUCAGUGGAUAAGAUAUCAUAUAUCCACAAAAACAUUACCAUUAAUUCAGCCAAAACAAGAAUGUCCAGGCUUCAGAUGUGAUUCCGGAAUUUCUAAAUGUUUACCUAAAAAACGAAUGUGUGAUAAAAUAAUAGAUUGUCUUGACGGAGAAGAUGAAUUCAACUGCGACACUGACAAAUUUCCUGAAGAAAGUGUGAUAAAUUCGAUACAGAAUCCAUUUAUCCAAGAAUCAAAUAUAUCAGCAGAUAGAAAAUCAAAAUCUAGCGAUGAUAUCAACUUAAUGCCAAAUAAAAAUAAUAUAUCUUUAGAAAAAUCCGAUGAAAAUAUUAAAGAUAUAAACAACAAUCAUGAAAUAUUUAAAAAUGAUUCAAAAUCUGAUGAAAAUAUUAAUAGUAUACCAAUUACAAUUAUCCCUCCAUUAAGUACUGACUCAAAACUUAAUAAAAACAUCGAAGGGACGAGUAACUUGAAAAGUAUAGUAUUGGAUGAUAGUAUCAAGGAUAUCAAAAAUUCAAUUAUAAAUGAGAAUAACAGUUUCAAGGUACCAGAAAAUAAUACUUCACCUGAUUAUAAUAAAAAUGCAGUAAAUAAUGGUAUAUUAUCAAGUAAUUCAAAAUCAAAUGAAGAUACGUUGACUGUAAAUAAUAGAAAAGAUAAUAUACAGGAGAGUAGUACCUCAUCUACCAUUAAUAUUACUGUUAACAAUGCUGAUAAACAACCUCUCGAAGUGACUACUGAAUUUCAUACAAAUAAUGACUUUGCUUUAAACAAUACUAUAAAUACUACUACUGCUACUACUACUAUUGCUUCCAUAAUAACUACUUCAAAAAGCGAAUUACUUAAUAUUGAUGGAGAACUAGAAAAUAUAAUAAAUUUACAUGAUAUGGGGUUUAAAGAAAGAGAUUUAAAUAAAGUGAAACCUAUAAUAGAUCUUGAUAUGCUCGGAGACGACAUUAAACAUGCGUCUACAAUUGAAAUAUCCAAAACAAGCUCACAAGAAAAUAUGAAUGCAGAAGAUUUUGAUGGCAGCAUUACUGUAGAUCCUUUAGCUGAUGAAUUUGAGUCUUUUGUAAAGACCGAAAAACCAAAACCUCAACCAGAAUCUGACUCUUCUAUAUUGAAAAGAGACCCUAAUAGUAAGGAAUCAAAUACCAUAAUUAAAGAAAAUGAAGACAUAGCAACUACCAAGACAUUAUCAUCCACGUCGUUGCCAUCAACUACUACUAAUCAGGAAGAUGAACCUAUAACUAAAGCCCCUGAAAAUAAUAUUGAUCAAAAACAUAGUCCUUCAGCAAUAAAAGAAUUAAAUUCAAAUAUUUUUAUUAUUGAUGAUACUGUAAAUAAUGAUAUAAAUGACAAAGAUAACGUCAAUCAGGAAAUAAUCAAAUUUGAGCCUGCGAAUACGACUAUACUUGAAGAUCAAAUUAUAUCUGAAACUCAGAUAGAUCGUAAAGUUAAUAAUUUUCAGAAAUUAUUAGAUACUAACGAUAGUCUGAACAGAAUAGAAAAUAUAAUAAUGCCUUCUGAAUUGGAACCCGCAAAAAAAAGGAAGAAACAUCUCACGUUUUCGGAUUUUCAAUGUAGACGAAUUUUCCAAAUCGUCCCAUUUAUGGCCCGUUGUGAUCGUAAAGCGGAUUGUGAAGAUGGAACUGAUGAAUUAGGUUGUAAUUGCUUAGAUUAUUUAACAACUUUUGAUAACAAACUAAUAUGCGAUGGCAACUUUGAUUGUGCAGAUGGACAGGAUGAAACUGAUUGUUAUAGCUGCGAAGAAGACCACUUUCUCUGUAAGGGUAGUGAAGUAUGCUUAGCUUCGAAAUAUGUCUGUGAUGGAAAACCACAGUGUCCUUUAGGGGAAGAUGAAUUAGAUUGUUUCACGUUAUCUAAUGGAAAUCAUAUAGUAUAUGAUUUUAAUGGUAGACCAGAGGUUACAUUAGAAGGUUAUUUGACUGAAAGACAUGAUAAAAACUGGCAUAUCGUAUGCGAAGAAGAUAUGUCUAUACAUCAACAAGAGGAAAGUGCAUCUCACAUAUGCCGCUAUUUAGGAUUCAGUUCCGCGAACCGCUACUUGAUAAAACACAUAAAUGUGAAAGAAAACCUUAAUAUUAUUGAAGAUAAUAGAGGCAAACGAGAUAUUGAUUUAAAAGUCCCCGUAUAUUUUGCAUUCAAAUCUAAUAACAAUAAUGAACUACAAACUAUCAAAAAUCCUAAAAUAAUUAAAGAAGAAUGUGUACCUAAUAUAACUAAAACUUGUAUGGCACUUUAUAUAUAUUGUGAUCACUCUUUGUUUACUGAUUUCAAUAUAAAUCACUUGCGCAGUAGUAAAGAAGUGAAAGACGUUUCCAAUCAUUGGCCUUGGAUCGCUAAGUUGUAUAUGGAUGGGAAAUAUAAAUGUACUGGAGUUUUGAUUGAUCUAUCAUGGGUUUUAAUCAGUCAUAUGUGUUUGCAAGGUGUUACAUUAGUUGAUAAUUUUAUUUCUGUGCUUCUUGGCUCUCAUAAAACUCUUGAUUCGACGGUGGGCCCCUAUGAGCAGGCAUGUCAAGUCGACGCUAAGAAAGACUUAUAUCGAAGUAAAGUAAUGCUAUUGCAUUUGAAAAAACCGGCAGUAUAUUCAGCAAUGGUUAAACCUAUGGUUGUUAUGUCAUCGCAUUUUGAGGAUAACAAAAAUAAGAAAUGUGUAGCCGUAGGACAAGAUAAACACAAUAAAACUUUUAGUGUGUUCUUAAAAGAAACUGAUGACUGUGAUUUACAUCAUCGAUGUUUUAUUCGUCAUGAAAAUUCUAGUACUUGUCAUACAAACGAACAUUCUCACUGGGCGGGUAUAAUAAGUUGUCAUAGUAAACAAGGCUGGUAUCCGGCAGCUUCCUUUGUGCAGAUAGAUGAUGUAUGUGCAUUUUCAGAGAAAAUCCUCGCCACCGAUAUUGGAAAUAUAAAACACGAAAUAAAAUAUUACGAAGAAAAACCGUUAUCAGAUUUCACUCAGGAAAACUUUUCUGAUAGUUGCGAUGGGGUCCGAUGUCAGAGGGGUUCGUGUAUAAAGUUACGAUCCGUUUGUGACGGGGUCACUGAUUGUGAGGAUGGUAUUGAUGAAAGCAAGGAAUCCUGUGAAAAGAAAUAUAAUAUCUGUAGCCGAGAUCCACAUCACCGUGGCUGUGAUUGUCUGGUUGGUCAAUUAAAGUGUCACAACGGUUUAUGUAUACCAAAAGAGUUAUUCAAAGAUGGAAACGACGAUUGUGGGGAUGGAACGGACGAGCCGAAGCAAACGAUGUGCUCCGAUUACUUGAGACGAGUGAUGCCUUCGAGGUUAUGUGAUGGAAUCUUACACUGCCAUGAUAAGAGUGAUGAAGACCCAAUGUUCUGUAAAUGUUUUGCAAAGGAGGCUUAUAAAUGUUCAGGGAUGUCAAGUAACGAAGACUACUGUGUAGCGAUGGAUAUGGUCUGCGAUGGUGUUCCAGACUGUCCGGGUGGAGAGGAUGAAAACGCUUGUAUAGGCUUAAGUGCUCCACAAGGGACUCCGCACGGCAACGGUGAAGUGAUCAUACGUUCUCAUGGCGUAUGGUAUUCAAAAUGCUAUCCCACCAAAAAUCACACUAAAUCUGAAUUAGAAUCGAUUUGUCGAGAGCUCGGUUUUAUAUCGGGACAUGCGAAACAGCUUUCAUCACUAAAAGUAACACAUCCACAUAACAAUGUUGUUAUUGAUACUUUUUCUGAUGUAACUCUCAAUAACAAUACUAUAAUCAAGUUGAGAAAUACUCAUGCGCCUAUUGCUCGCGCGGUUGCCGAUGAAAAGGAGAAUUGCUAUCCAGUUUAUAUCGAAUGUGUU